UUGUUUAUUCGUCAUUGAAAGCAUAUAUACCAACCAGACGGGAGGAGGGACAGCCACCAAAAGCAGUGUAGUGCGACCAUCAGAAAAUGGCAGAGACAGAUUCGAACGGAGAAACGUCCUCCUCGCCGACAUCCGCCUCCGCAUCACUAGCGUCAAUGGCAGAAAAUUUUCAGCGUUCUGCAAUUGAAUCUGCUCGUUCUAUGCAACACAACUCUUCCACCCACUUUCGUACCUUUCAGAAUUUUUUGCCAGAAGCAGUGUCACAGUAUAUAACUUAUGAAGAUGCUUUCUUCAAUAAAGUUAAAGAUGGAUUGAUGGUAGGACGGGAGAAUCCGGCUUUAGGUGUUGGUCUUGCUAUUUCUGCCGCGCUUCUUGUUAUGAGAGCUCCAAGAAGAUUUCUGUUUCGGAACACAUUGGGUCGAUUUCAGAGUGAGGAGGCACGAUAUGCAAGUGCUGAGAAGAAUGUGAAGGACUUGAACCUUUCAGUAGAUUUACUGAAGAAGGAGAGCAUAAAAUUGCUACAAAGGACAGCUCUUGCUGAGAAGGAAAUGAAAUAUGGGCAUAAUGAACUAAUGAACACUGGAGCCCAAUUACAAAAGCUGGCAAAAUCAUCAUACAAGGUUGAAGCCCGAGCUACUGAUUUAAUCGACAGGCUGCGGGAUAUACCUAGUCGUGAAACUCUGGCACUUCGAGCUGAGGUUGCCUCUUUGGCUUCAAAUUUGAAGCGGCAGAGAUCUGUGCUGGACAAACGGAUAAUGAAGAUCUCCGAGUUAGGAAUAUCUGUGUGAAUCAUUGGACAAAUUUUGGUACUUCCCUUAAUGCGCACCCAUGUCAAUCAUCCCAAUUUUCUUGCAUAAAUUAUCCUUAAAUGGAUAGCUUUACGUAUGAUGCUGAUCAAUCCACUGAGGCAUCUAUUUUGUUUUUUUGUCAAUUCAAUGAAUAGGUAGAUGGCCUUAAAAAAAGGUGCGACUCAAAAAUGAUCUUUAGAUAUUUCAGCUUUAAAGCUGUUCAAAUUGAAAGUGAGCUUAGAGUCUCUUUGUUCAAGAUUAAAAAAAGACUUUUACUCAAAAUAAUGUAAUGAUUAUUAUUUUAAAUUAUUUAUGUGAUUCCUAGGCUAAUUUGUGUUUC